AUGGCUCGUUUCAAGAGACUUUUGAGAGGAGUGGAUUCAGAGGAGUGGAUUCAGAGGAGUGGAUUCAGAGGAGUGGAUUCAGGGGAGUGGAUUCAGAGGAGUGGAUUCAGAGGAGUGGAUUCAGAGGAGUGGAUUCAAGAGGAGUGGAUUCAGAGGAGUGGAUUCAGAGGAGUGGAUUCAGAGGAGUGGAUUCAGAGGAGUGGAUUCAGAGGAGUGGAUUCAGAGGAGUGGAUUCAGAGGAGAGAAUUCAGAGGAGUGGAUUCAGAGGACAUGCUGACAGCACGUUCAGCAGCUUACUCCAUUCCCCGCUCUCUCCCCUCUCUCUCCCCAACUUCCUCCGUUCCCCCCUCUCUCCCCUCCUUCCCUCCCGUCCCUCCCCGCCCUCCCCCCUCCCUCCCCCGCUCCUCUCCCCCGCUCCUCCCCCCUCUUCCCCCCGUGCGCGCUGUGGACAGCCAGCAGUCCUUUCCCCCGUGCGUGUCGGAGUGGCGCAAGGCGGAGCUGAGCUCGUCGUUCAUUCCCCCCGUGCGCGCUGUGGACAGCCAGCAGCUCUUCUCAAAGCCAUCGGAGCUGGCGGUGCAGGGCCCGCGCAAGGCCCGCGCAAGGCGGAGCUGA